AAACUUUGGUCGGCGGUGUUGCGUUCACGGCCACGGUGUGUUUUCAAGCGCAACAGGUGCGUCUAGAUGGGUGGUGCGUUCAGGGAGCAUGGAGAAUUUACACCUACGCGCCGUAAAAGUUGAUUUAACGUGAGAAUAAAUGUAAAUAUGUGAGUCAGACAAUGAUUAAUCAUUAAAGUGUGUCUGUGGUUUAUUCAGGGGAGCUUUGUUUAGACUUUUAAAGUUUUUUUAAAAAGUUGGCUGUGGUUAAUUCCCAUUUUUCCGAGCCCGUGAAGCGCGCACAGACCCCGCCUCUCCGGUGGACGCCUCCGGGUGACAGCGGCGGAGCCAGGCGCCCGGUGCAGAAGCCAAGUCGACGGUCCUCGGAGGAGGUCUCUCUCUCUCUCUCUCGGUUCUGGACGUUACACUUCACUGUCACGGGAUGUCUCCGCCCGCGUCCCCCCGCUUCUUCACGCAGAGGGAGGUGGCCUGCCACUGUACCAAGGACUCCUGCUGGGUGCUGCAGGGGACCCGGGUCUACGACGUGACCGCCUUCCUGCGGAUGCACCCGGGAGGAGAGGCGCUGAUUCUCCGCCGCUCUGGGAAGGAUGUGAGCCAGGAGAUGGAGGGGCCGCCGCACCGGCACUCGGAGAACGCCCGGCGGUGGAUGGAGCAGUACUACAUCGGGGAGCUGGAGACGGACACCGAGCAGGCACAGACUCUGAGAGAGAGGAGGAAGAACGGCGAACAGACGGAAGGACAAACGGAAAAGACGACAGACAAGACGGUGGAAGACGAAGACUCCCCGUUCAACCUGUGCAGCGCUGUGGACCUGGACAAGGAUCUGGUGGACUGGAGGAAACCCCUCGCCUGGCAGGUCGGACACCUCGGAGAGAAGUACGACGCCUGGGUCCAUCAGCCGGUCGACAGACCCAUCAGACUGUUUGGAAACCCGCUGCUGGAGGCCGGAACCAAGACCUCAUGGUACUGGGUUCCCGUGGUCUGGCUUCCCAUCGUGUUUUACUUCAGCUGGCACUGCUACACCACCUUGGCAGAGGGCACCACCCGGAUAGUCCUCACUUCAGAUUUCUCCAUCCCGGUCCACAAGUCCAUUUUCCCGUUCCUCUUCUUGCUCGGCUGGUUCUUGUGGUCGUUCAUCGAGUACUGCAUCCAUCGCUUUGUCUUUCACAUGAAACCGCCGGCCCAUAACUACUACCUCAUCACGCUACACUUCCUGCUGCACGGGCAACACCACAAGUCUCCGUUUGACGGCUCCCGGCUCGUCUUCCCGCCCGGCCUCGCCUCGUUAGUGGUCGGAAGUUUCUACAUCAUCCUCCGCCAAACGCUGCCGGACAUCCUCGGGAUAUGCGUGUUCGUCGGAGGGCUCUGUGGCUACGUCGUCUACGACAUGAUCCACUACUACCUUCACUACGGCUCGCCCAAGAGAGGCUCGUACAUGUACAACCUGAAGGCCUACCACGUCAAACAUCACUUCAAACACCAGAGAUCAGGUUUUGGGAUCACCACCACGUUCUGGGAUCACCCCUUCGACACAGUCAUCCCUGACGAGAAGUUCUAACCCAAGAACGGCUCUCCUGAAGGGCCGCAAGGACUUUAUCGAACACCCUAUUAGCAACCAGCCCUCAUCCCGUAUCUGCCCCGACACCUUUACUUCACUCUCUGCAGCCAUAGCUUUCACCCCCGAGGCCACCGCGACUAAUCCGUACCACAUUGUUAUGAUUAUGUGUUCGUUUCCCCGCUGUCAGCCUUCCUGUGCCAUUUUAUAACCAAACCGACCUGCCGUGCCCCUGAAUGCACCGCACCAACCUCAGCAGCCAAAUCAGCACCCCGAUUCACCGCCACGCAACGCCACGCAACACUACGCAACGCCAGGAGGCGGGCCGUGCAAAGAGAGAGGGACACACAGACAUAAACACACAUGAACACACACAAACAUGUAGGCACGUGCACACUUACUUUGAUUGUUACACUUUGUCUAAUUUGAAUUUCACGAGUCCGUAAUCAGAUUACAGGAAAUAAGUAACUCUAAUCAGCCCAGAUUACAUCUUGAUAAAACAUCAGUUCUUCGUCAACGUCAGGCCCGGCGAGCGAGAGCGGCGUCUGUUUUUUAAGGUGCAACGUUUUCAGGAUUUCUACGCGUGGCGGCUCGAUGACACCCGGCGCGCGGUGGAGGUGAUCGCGGAUGUUUUCCGUGACGAUGAUGAUCGUGAUCCCACCAGGAGCGCCGCCGUGCGUUCAAGGAGGCAGCUCGACAGGCAGGAAGGAAUCUGGGUACAUUUUCAAAAUAAAACAUGAAAUAAAAAUAUAACCAGAACAGGUGAGUUGUAUAUAAAUUCACCCUCAGUACAGUUGUCAUGAACGGGGAAAUUAGCUACAGAGACCAAAACUGUUUUUUGUACCAGGCUGUAAACAUGUUUAUUUCUGCUGUGAAGUUGGACAUUUGGACAUGGGGACUUAUGGAGACUGACUCACUUCUGGAGCCAGCCUCAGGUGGACGUUAGAGGAACUGAGCGCUCCUGGUGGGAUGUGAACGAAGGCGCGACGCCCGGUGUAAUCCAAAACUAUUUAGAUUGUGGUAACGUAAAUUUACGGAAACUUACCGCGUAACUCGUGUUCGGAAAACUCCUUCACACACACACACAAACACACACUUUGUUCCCUCAGAGUGGGAGAGAGGGAACAGCAAGUGAGAGACGGUCACGUGAAUGUGGACGACGGAUACGAAGAAGAAGAAGAAGGGAUCGUAGCAGAAAGAGUGUGAGCGGUUUACAGACUGUGAUGGGACGACGGAGCGAGCCCGUAAACUAACUCAGGAGAACAAACCGACCCUUCUCCGUCAUGUUUCGUCCUCACCACCUGCAGCUUUGCUAACAUCCGCCCCUCCUCCACCACGCUUGAUCUCACGAUAUCCGACGAUUCGAGUUUAUUCAGUUUAACUUAUUGAUUAUUGAUCGGCCCGAGAGCUGCAGAAACGAUGCCGUAGUGCGCUAACCGCGAUGUACUGUUGAUGUAAAGCAGAGUUUAAACGUUUGAAUCCACUGUGGAGAUAUAUUUUUCAUAAGUCUGUUGUAAUAUUUCCUCUUUUCUUUUUUUCUGUUUGUCUUUAAUGAAAC